AUGUGCUGUGCUAGUAACCCCAAAGGAGAAGAGUGUUCUCAGCUCUAUGACUAUGACUUGGACCGCAGCCGAAGUGUGGAUGAUGAUAAUGAAGCUCCAGAGAUCACUCUGAGCCCGGGUCAGCCCCUGCUGCUCCGCUGUAGGGAGAGAGAGAACAGCACCACACAUUGGCUGACUGAUAAUCAGGAACAGGUGUCCGUAUAUAAACUAUCCUAUAAAGGAAUAGAUAUGACCUACCUGUUCUUUGAGUCGGUGAGGGUGAACCACAGUGGUAUCUACACCUGCCAGAGCAACAAGAACAAGAUCAAGUCCACCCACAUCCGGGUCCUGGAGAAGGGCUUUAUUUCCAUCGACCAGCUGAAUGAGAGCAGUACCAUCUCAGCUCAGGAGAUGCCAGGGUUCUGUCUGCGGGCCCUGGUCUCCUCACACCCUCUCCUACGCUGCCAUUGGCUGGGCCCGGGUGGUGUACAGACCCAGUGCCCUGAACCCACACGGCUGUGGAAGAACAGGACUCUGGAGCUAUGUAACCCUGUGCCAGGAGAGUACCAGUUACACCUGGAGACUGGGGUGCUGAACCUCACAAAGACCCUCUCUCUGUGUGUGGCAAGUACGCCCACCCUCAGUCUCUUCCAGGAAGAAGACUACAUCACCUGUAGGACCAACAGCCCCCUCCCCUUCAACCUCACCUGGAGGUUCUGCUCUCUGUCCAAUGACAGCUGUCAGUCAGAGUCUGCAGCCUGGAAGGAGAUCCCUGCCCCUCCCCCAGAGCUCUGUGACUCAGACCAGUUCUGCCAUAAGAAGGUCCUCAGCUCUCUGGACAGGGUCGAGGUGGGGAACCACUUUGUCAAGUGCUGCAUCGCAAACUCUGUCCACUCACAGUCACACUGCAGCGAGCCACUGUUCAAUGCAGGAAUGGUCUUUCCGCAGCAGCGUACCUUCAAACAACCAUCCAACUCCUCUCAACUCCUGAAGGUGUCCAGUCUGGUUCUGUUCCUGGCUUUGAUGCCGGUCAGCGUCGCACUGCUCUACUUCCUCAGGAAAAAGAAACCCCAGUACCAGAGCCAGCUGCAGGUGAUUCAGAUGACGGGGUCUAAUGACAACGAUUACAUCUACAUCAACUUCAAAGACUUCCAGUAUGACCAGAAAUGGGAGUUCCCCAGAGAGAACCUGGAGCUGGGGAAGGAGCUGGGCUCUGGGGCCUUUGGCAUGGUGCUUCAAGCUACAGCCCACAGCAUCAGCAAGCCUGGGAUCUCCCUGCAGGUGGCUGUCAAGAUGCUGAAAGAGAAGCAUGAGACAGUGGAGAAAGAGGCUCUGAUGUCAGAGCUGAAGAUGCUGACUCACAUCGGACGGCAUGCCAACAUCGCCAACCUGCUGGGGGCGUGCACUGGCUCAGGUACGACAGCCAAUCACAGACAGGCUCAGAAACGAGCAUCUAGGCCAACGUACCUGAUCUUCCAGUACUGCCGAUAUGGGGACCUGCUGAACUACCUGAAGAACAACAGAGAGCUGUACCACAAGUCUCUGACCGAGGCCUUCAGCAGGGACCGCUUCAGCAGACUUUACCACAACCUGCCCAAGAGGAGCUCCACUGGAGGGCAAGAGAGCAUCGCCCUCCUCAGCCUCAACUCCUCUCCCAUGGACACCUCUGAUGGUCAGUGUUGUGAGGAGGAGGAGGCACUGACCUAUGACGACCUGCUCAGCUUUUCCUACCAGGUGGCCAAAGGCAUGGACUUCCUGUCCUCUAAGCACUGUAUCCAUCGGGACCUUGCGGCCAGGAACGUGUUGGUGUCUCAGGGUGGACUAGUAAAGAUCGGAGACUUUGGACUGGCCCGGGACAUCCACAACGACUCCAACUACGUAGUGAGAGGAAAUGUGCGUCUGCCAGUGAAGUGGAUGGCUCCAGAGAGUAUCUUCCAGGGGAUGUACACCAUGCAGAGCGAUGUCUGGGCCUAUGGUAUCCUGCUGUGGGAGGUCUUCUCUCUGGGUUUGACCCCCUACCCGGGGAUAAAGGUGGACAACAACUUCUAUGUGAUGAUAGAGAGAGGUUUUAAGAUGGAGCAGCCGUACUAUGCCAGUGAAUCUGUGUAUAAGAUGAUGUGCAAGUGCUGGGCACUGGAGCCUCGGGACCGCCCUCACUUUGCCAAGCUGGUGGCCUUCAUGGGCGACCAACUGGCCGACAUUGAGGAGAAGCUCUACCAUAACAUCCUGGACAAGAGCUCCAAUGACUCCUUAUACCAGAAUGCACCAGUGAAUUCUGACCUCUCUGCCUUGACCAAAGAAAAGGAGAUUCUUUUGACACAGUCACAGAACCAACACUGCAAGACCCAUUCCACUGGCGAGGCCCCAACAACCAAAACAACACCCUCUGACAUGGAUGCCAUGGAGGCUGAUGAGGGUACCCCUCUGUAAUCAUAUCCCUGAGUGCAGGGGCCAACCUAUCCUUCUAAUUAUUCUAUUCCAUACAAUAUACUAAGGGAUUACAAAAA